CGACCAGACAUCUCAGGCACAUUACGCAAACGCAAACGCACGCCAAGCACCACCAACACGCGCAGAGCACCACACAGUAGUGCUUAAAACAACGCGCCAGCAAAAACCACAGAUCAAGCGCACACAGCAACAAAAAACACAGCACCAACAAAAAACACAUUACCAUGUCCGGGUUCCACGACUUCUGCACCUUACUCGGCAACACGCUCGAGACGAAGACGGGCCAGAAGCCCACCAAUGAAGUAUUAGCCGGCAAGGAGGUGAUCGGUUUAUAUUUCAGCGCCCACUGGUGCCCGCCCUGCCGCGGCUUCACACCGGCGCUCGGCAAGUUCUACGACCAGAUCAAGGACUCCAAGAACUUUGAAAUUAUUUUCGUGUCGAGCGACCGCGACGCGUCGCAGUUCAAGGAGUACUACGACGAGCAGGCCGCCUGGGCGGCGCUGCCCUUUAAAGACAGAGCGACCAAAAAUGCGCUCUCGAAGAAGUUUAAGGUCAGGGGCAUUCCUACACUGGUGAUUCUCGACGGGAAGACGGGCGAGACCAUCACGUUAGAUGGCCGCGACGGCGUCUCGUCCGAACCGGAGGCGUUCCCCUGGAAGCCGCCCUCCGUCGCAGAGAUUCUCUCUGCGCUGCCGCCCUUCGUCGACAAGGAGGGCGAAGAAGUGUCGUUGUCGGAGCGGCCGGGGCCUUUACUAUUAUACUUCUCGGCGCACUGGUGCCCGCCCUGCCGCGGCUUCACUCCUAAAUUAGUGGAGUUCUUUUCGGAGCUCGAGAAGAAGUAUCCAGACGUAUCGUAGCAGUGUCCGAAACACGACGCCAAGGCUGCUCACAGCAAACUCGAAGAUUUUCACGCGGAGACGCCGAAAAUUUUUAUGUUGCAGCCUGUACACCCGCGCGCCGCGCGCCGCCGCCGCCGCGACGUAAACUCACGCAUCAUCACACAGGCCUCCAUCGCCUUCGUCUCGAGCGACAAAGAUAGCAAGGCCUGGGCGUCGUACUACCAGUCCAUGGGCGAGCACUGGUUAGCUCUACCGUAUGAUGCCCGGGACCAGAAGGAGAAGCUCUCGAAGGCCUUCGGCGUCAACGGCAUUCCCUCUUUGGUGUUAUUGGAUUCCGAAGCCAAUGGGAGAAACACAAUCACGACGUCCGGUAGAUCUUUCGUCAUGGAGAAUUGCGUAGAGGACUUCCCGCGGUCGUGGGCGCCCAAGCCCUACGCUGAUCUAACAAAAACGGCCGAGUGCAAAGGGUCGUCAAUUAACGACGAGAAGGCGCUGUGCGUCUUCGUGCACAAUAUGGAGGACAAGAACGUGGAAGGCCUGAAGGCGCUCGCGACGAAGCAGGAGAAGUCUGAUACAUUAUUUUUCUACGCGACGGCCGACGAGGGCAUCGCCGAGCAGGUGGUCCGAUUGUGUGACAUCAAGCCGCCGAAGGGCGAGGCGACAUUAGUGUUGCUCGAUUUGGACGACGACGGCGCCUACUACCUCGCGAACACUUCUGAUGUCUCCGAGGGCGCGCUCGCGAAGUUUUUGAAGGAGCCGGGCCCGCGCCAGCAGCUCAAGUCGCCGUGAUUUUGUCAAGCCCCCUCCCCCCGUUUCGUUUCAUCCUCGUGUAAGACUCCUUUCU